AUGAAAAGACAAAGAUCUUCAGAGAGAAAGAGUCAGAGUGUGUCUAAGAGGGGCCGUAUAGACGUCUCAUCGGAUGACAGUCGUCAGUGGUACGAGGUGAUGCUUGCCCUGGCGGCCAAAUCAACUGGCAAACCAGUCUUUACUUCUGCUGCUCACGAGUGGAGAGAGCACAUUAAAGACUGGUAUGAGUUGACCCAUGCCAUCAACAAGUCCGAGGAGCGUAGGGAGCUACCCACCAUACCUCAACCUACGCAUCAGAUGGAGUGGUUGGCUAGAGUGAAUUUUAAGCACAGACCCAUGCGCCGUAACUUACCAGAACAGAGACGUAAUAAAGUCUCCAAGAAACAAGACCUGAAUUCCUCUUUUUACGUCUACUAAACACUGCUAAAGAGGAGGAUUUUGGUAUUGGAUAGAUACACAUGUAGUUUGCAAGAAUCCGAGACACACUGACCACUGACUGCAACAUCCAUCAGAAUACUGUGCACUGAGAGCAACUGAUUGUAUUGUAUUCUUUUAUGGACCCAAGUGCCUGACUUUACAGUGUUAUUUUAAAGACCUUCUCAGUGCUUACGUCACAACCAUCAUAGUACCGUGUACUGACUGUGCUUUCAUGGAUCCAAGUGUUUGACUACACGUACAUAGUGUACUACACGUACUAGUACAUACAGUGUCACUGUGCUCAUACUUUUCUAUGCAUUGCAUUUUACCAGGCGCUGUGUGUGACUUUGCAUGACAUUUGCUGCGUGCUUAGCAGACGUGAUUUUCCCUUACUGGGCAAAGUUUUAUUUGCCUUUAUAUUGUGACACUCACCAUUACCAUAAUCAAUUUUAAUUUCUUUUGUAAAAAUGGUGAUGGACCUUUAGAAGAGUGCAUUUCUUAUUAACUUUAUAUAAGUGAUUCAUUUUUUUUUUGUAUAUAGUACUUGCAUGUUACUUUUGUUGUUGUUUUAAUAUUCUU